UUUGGCUGUGAGAGUUCUGAGCUGCCUUCUUGAUUGGCUAUAAAUCGCUUCGAUUGGAGUUUUCGGAACUUCAGCCUUAGAGCUGAUGCACUUUGGUCGUAUCGUAUAUUAUAGUCAGGCACACCAACUACUAUACGGAUACCUGCAGUCAAUAGUUCCCAAACCAGAAGCAGUAACUGUCGUCUUUUUCUUUUCGCUCGUUGAAAGAUUUCAGCAUAAUUGCUCUCAUCUACACUAUCGUUCAUUAUUUCGAAUCGAGGACGGCAUUUCACAAUGGUCUCCAAAAAUCGGAUUGGAGUCCUAAUAGCAGGGUUAAUUGGAGUGGCACAAGGAGAAUAUUGGAAUACAACCACAGCGAUCGUGACUCCAAUAACAUCAGAUGGAAACGGGCUUCCUUCAACGUGCGAGCCAAAAACUGUUACUGUCACAUCAUCUAGCGAUGGAUAUGGAUCUUGUCCCACAGAAACUGUCACGUCAACUUCAGUUUCUGUGUUGGCGACUACCUAUUGGGAAACUACUACGAUUGAGUGAGUUUCUGCGGGCAACCUCACAGUUAAGAAAUACUAAUAUGAUUUAGCAAACCAACCACACUCGUCUCAAUCUCCACAUCAACAGUCUAUCAAAAUCAAAACGUGAGCAAAUUUACACAAACCCAGGAACUACCAUUGACGGGAAAUCAGGAUACCCAGACAAUCACUACAACUGUUGGGGGUGGCUAUGGGCCUGGUACUACAGUGAGUUUUGCGCAAUGCUGAGCAUGGAAAGUGGCAUUCAAUUGACUACGGAAAGGUUACUGAGACGGUCACUGUCACCGCGAGCUCCAUCCCGAGUGGUGGAUAUCCUUAUGGAGUAACGACAGUGAGUGUAGUCUUUCUGAGACUUCGGGAAUCGAUUUAUUGACGGACUUUAGAUCACGGAGACGGUCACUCAAAAUCAGACUGUAAGUUCAGGUUUGCAUCUUAUUCACCAUAGCUCAGUUCCUCACGCGUUACUAGAUAACUAAAACCGUCGGUGGUUAUCAAACUGCUAACCAAACUGUACGUCCCCCAAUCAUCGUCAAAAAGUACAGCAGCUAACAUGCAAUAGAUCACGGAGAAGACUACCGAGACAGAGUCCCUCACAACAACGUAAGUAGAUCAAGCGUCACAUAUUCAGUCCUUCAUUCCUUGGCCAAUGCCGGUAUUAGCUGAAGAUUAUGAGAUCAUUUCUUCUUCUAUAAGGCGUGGCAAUUGUCCGUCGCUGGGCUUGACGGCUGAGGUCAAUCGUCAUGUAGAAGGAGAAGCAAAGAAUCAUAAUGCUAAGCUACUUUCGACUCUCCUCAAAAAUUGUUACACAGAAGAUUUGCUAAUAUCUUGGCAUUAGUGUCCCCAGUGUAAUCUCCGUGAUUACUACUACCCUGACGGACGUUAUUACUGUCGUAAGUAUUUUAGGCCAUAGUCAAACUUUUCUAGAGCUGAUAUUAAAAUCACAAAUAGACCGACAUCUCUACAUCGAACCUUACCGUGACAGCUCUCGUUACUGCGGUAUUUAACCCUUCAGGAAGUCCUCAAGUUUGUCGUACUAACUGUCAUGCUAGACUAAAAACUACAAUUUCACUGCCACCGAGGUGGAUCUUACAACUCUAACUAACACUAUUACUGACGAGGAUACUACCACGAGCUUCAUUUGGCAGACUACCAUAUUGACUGAUGUUAUUACGACCUCGAUCCCAUAUACAACAACUCUAAUAAACAGCUAUGGAUAUCCAAUUACAAUGACGAAGUACAUUACCCUGACAACUACUGAACGACACACCUCAAGUUUCACUACUACAACUACUCAGGACCACACAAAAACAAAAUUUAAGACCAUUACAACCACAUGCACGGAGUUUUAUCCCGUUUUAAUAACCAAGACUAUUAGUGGGUCUCUCACGACAAUCACAUCCUAUUCCUCAACAACUUUCACCUCUCUUAUCACUAGAAGCACAACAGAUUACGCGACUGCCACAGUCACAUCAAGCACAACUGAUUACUUACCAACAACGGUAUAUCAACCUACGACAUACACCAUUACCAAAGAUGUGAUUAUCACCUCAUCUUAUCCCGUGACUGUCAUAAACAACUACACAUUAUGGGAAACCACGACGAAAACCGAAGUAUCAAUAUAUGAGACCACCAGCACGGUGACUUCAAUCAGCUCUGUACCCUUACCCACAACAGUGGAUGUUUAUAUAACCACUACCGUUGACCAUCUCUCGACAUCCGUCUCAACAUAUACUUUGAGUACGAGCUAUCCAGUAAUGGUGACUUCGAACUACUCUACGACUUACACUCAAUACACCACCGAGUACUAUACUAGUCGCGAAACAAGUACAUUCUCGACAACUGCCACAGAUACUGAAACAGAUUAUGUCACUAAAACCUCAUAUGUACCUAUCACGACCGUUUCAACAUCGUUAAUAACUACAAGUAUACCUUAUACUGUUAUCUCUUCAACGACAUCGUAUAUAUAUAGCACUCAGACCUCUUUAAUCACAAUUACAACAUUCGUACCUAGCACUGUCACAGAUAUUUCUACUUCAAUCUCGACUUCCGUGUCGGUUUCAGAUGUAUACGUCUACACAACGAUCAUAGAGACCUAUAGCACCACAGACACUUCUUACAUCACGACUUCUUACCCAUAUACCGUGAGUGAGACGGUCAUAAAUGAUAUAACUCACAGCGUCACAGAUUAUACCACUACUACAGUAUUAGAAAUUUUGGUUUUUUUCAGUCUUUCCACUCUCACCACAAGUGUUAUAAUGCCAACUACUACGACGCAAAUUUCACUGAUCCCAACUACGAUCACCGACUCAUACUUUUCCACAGCCACGCUUACACAAACGACCUCGUAUCCAUAUACUGUGGUGUCUUCAACAACAGAAUACAGUUAUAACACUUACACAACAGUCUCAACAUAUACUAUGACGAGUACCAAAACUACUUCUAUUCCAUACACCACAACGACGGAAAUAUUGGUUCCAACUACGACGACAAGUACUUCCUUUGUUCCAACUACGACGACAAGUACUUCCCUCGUUCCAACUACAGUCGUCUCAUCGUAUUUCUCCACUUCCGUUAUGACGCUUUCCACAUCUUAUCCGUAUACUGUAUAUGAAACUCUUAUCAGCUCGACCACUUACUACUCUACCUCGUAUCUAAGCACUACCUACACGACAACUCGGGAAUUAACCUCUGUGUCAACGUUUACUACUCUCGUCCGUCCCCACCUUUAAGCUCCCUUGGAUCGACGGCUAACGCCUUCCUAGGUACCCACGACAACCACAGAGACUAGUGUGAUUACUAGUAGUACUUUGGUGCGCGUCCCUUGCAAGUGAAUACUUUGCAUUAGCUAAUGGGAAGUCCAGGUUCCUACUACCACGACUGAAAUUAGUGUAUCUACAAGUAUCUCGAUUUCUGAUAUCUACUCGACAUAUAGUAUCACCUUGAUAGAAUCGACCACGAUCAGCACCGUCUUGACAGAGGUUCAUCUUUCCACACUAACAAUUUCUACUUCAUAUCCAUAUACUGUUUAUACCACAAUUGUCAGCGAUCAUACGAGUACGUCAACUCAAUAUAUCCCGACAACGUAUUCCCAGGUUAUAUCCGCGACGCAAUAUAUCCCAACAACUUAUACAUCAUUGAUCACUAGGUCUGAAAGUAAGUACUGCUUUCAAGGUAGGUAGACACUCGGCUGAUUUUGAACUAGCUACGACGGCCACAGCAACAGUGACCAAUAGUGAAAGUAAGUAAUUUAUAAAAUUUGAGUAUAAGAUCGAAUGAUUAAUGUGAAACAAAGCGACUACAGCUAGCUACACCACGACCGAUUUUGAGAGUAAGUCCUGAUGACAUAUAUCUUUGACAUACAAAUGGCUAAUAUCCUCAGCUGCUACAACGACCUUGACGUCUGGUAAGUUUUCAAGGUUAUGAAACGUUUAAAAGGUGCUAAUUGUACAGUCAUAACGCUCACUUCGCUCGAUACCAUCACUAUUCCUCCCGUAACGGUCACUACUAUGAUCUCAGGAACUCCAAUCACGAUCACGGAACCUGCGUCAACGAUAGUUGUUACCCAAACGAUCAUCUCAGAAAUAUAUACAACAUCGACACUUACCCUUCCCGCUAGCACUGUGACUUCGGAUAUCUUCAUUACUACUUCAGGUAAUAAAAGAUCACUGAUUGCUAGAUCCUAUUCUGACAACUAAUUAGUUCUCGGUCCAACCAUCACGACUUCAAUAUCAGGAUCUUUGACUACCAUCAUCUUGCCUGGAACUACCUCAGUCUUGACAGUUCCAGGGCCGAAGGUAACUUCUGAUAUAUACGUAACCACUUCACGUAAGUCUUCAAUUAUGUAUACAAAUAUACAUAGAUUAUAUACUGAUAUUUUAAAGUUCCUGGACAAACUGUCACUACAUCUAUAUCAGGAUCUAUGACGACCAUUUCUCUACCUGGAAGCACAGCAACAUUGACACUUUCUGGCCCAACAAUCACAUCCAACAUUUACGUCACUACCUCACGUAAGUACAAUGAUCAUUUCGUCAUCAAGAUGAAUAUUUUGCUGAUAUAACCAAGUUCCUGGUCAAACUAUCACCACUUCGAUAUCGGGAUCCUUGACAACAAUUUCUUUGCCUGGUAGCACGUCGAUUUUGACAGUUUCCGGACCUACAAUCUCGUUACCUGGACCUUUGACAACUAUUACUCUACCUGCAAGUACCUCAGUGCAAACAAUUUCCGGGCCUACAAUUACAACAUCGAUAUUAGGGUCUUUGACCACUAUAAUCCAACCAGGAACUACCUCAAUUAUAACCCUUCCCGGCUCAGUCUUGACUUUGCCUGGGUCGACAAUCCCUGGCCAGACUGUGACCUUACCAGGCUCCACUAUUACUCUACCUGGUUCGUUCACUAUACUGUCAGGACAAACAACUACUAUUCAAGGGUCAACAUUCACAGCUCCAAUGCAGACAAUUACGCUCCCAGGGUCAGUCACUACAUUACCAGGACAAACCAUUACUGUUCAAGCAUCAACUUUUACGGCUCUAGCACAGACAGUUACCCUGGUCGGCUCCGUCACAACACUCCCGGGGCAAAUUACCACUAUUCAAGGAUCAACACUUACAGCUCCAGUAAAAACAAUCACAUUACCUGCAUCCGCGACUACUAUAUCUGGAUCAGUCACCACACUACCAGGACAAACCAUUACUAUUCAAGCAUCAACUUUUACGGCUCCAGCGCAGACAGUUACCAUGGUCGGCUCGGUCACAACACUCCCGGCGCCAAUUACUACUAUUCAAGAAUCAACAUUCACAGCUCCUGGUCAAACGAUCACGUUACCCAGGUCUGUGAUUACACUCCCUGGAUCCGUGUCGACUCUUGCUGGUUCAUUUCCGCUAUCCACGGUAACUCAAUCACUUGCCGGACCUACAGUUACAAAUACACAGGGAGGAUCGACCGUGAUAUCAACUAUACCAGGCGCUAUUAGCGUUUAUCCAACCACCAUCAGCCUUGGGGCAACCUUGAGAGGAUCUACGGCAUAUAUCACUGAACCUGGAUCUACGGUAACUGUAACAGAACUGGUCACCUGUCCAUCCCCUACAAAUUCCGGCCCAGUAACUCCUCAAGACUAUAGUUCGUCAGCAAUCUUUGGAUGUUCACCAGGAUACGUCUGUAACCCGCCCAAGCCUGACCACUGUGCUCUUUGGGCCGAUCCACCUGCCGAAGAUUAUCUUUGCGAAGCCCGAUAUUGUAUCCCUGCUCCUAAUACAACUGAAGUAUACUGGCCACAAAAUCAGACUGGUUAUUACCCACCAACAGCUGGAUACUUCAAUCUUAACCCCAAUGCAUUUGGUCUCAGCUUUGGGAUUUUCAUCGAGAAGGUCAUCACCGAAAUCAUCAUUGGUAAUGAAGGCACCGAAUUAGUCAAAACAGUCACUACUGGUGAUUGGACAUCCCAAACAGGUAUCUCCCACUUCCCAGCCGUAACUCAUACCGGACUUUCCACUCUAGCACUUGCCACACCUUCCGCCCCGUCUCGCCGCGGUCUUUUCCCCCGAAUAUUUGGCAGGAAAGGCAAUUCAGACUCCAUGCAUCUUAACCUCCUCACCAAACGCGAUGAAACUGUCGCCCCUGCAGUCUGCUACGCCACCUGCAACAAUUGCUAUAUCGAAGUACUCAAAGUCGGUAAAUCACCAGCUCUUUGCGCCUCCAAUUCCGCAUUUGAAUCAGAUUAUUCCUCAUGUCAAGCAUGUAUCGAGGCAAAUAGUGUCAAUGUGAAACAAACUUUGCAAGCAUACGUGGAGCCACAAUUCGGACAAUUCUUGGAGUUCUGUAGUGCACAGACACCACAGAGUGAGGUUGCUGGUAGUACGCAAGUGAUUACAAAAACGGCGACAGUUUUGCCUGUUGAUGCGACCACCAGCACAAUCAAGUUGGAAACUAUCACAAGUGCCUCGAGUGCUGUUUUGAGCCUGAGCCCGAGCCCCAGCCAGAGUGUUAGUAUCACGAGCCAAAUCGCACCAGUUGGUGUUUCGACUACAUCUUCACUCCCAAUUUCAACCGCUAGCGCCUCUUCUCCUGUGGUAAUCAGUGUACCUACAGCUUUCGGUAGUGGAACUGCCUCAGCGUCAACAGCAGCCUCAAGUGUCCCCGGCAUAGGCAUUUCCAACUCCGUCUCGAGCUCUGCAACGGCCUUAACAUUAUCCUCAACAUCUGGCUCGGCAUCUGGCUCAGCAACUGGAUCUGAAUCUUCCCUUCAAUCUCGAACCUCAAUCCCGACUCCAACAACGAAAUCAGCUACAAGUUCUUCAUCCACUAGUUCCGGGUCUGCGAGCCCAUCGGGGACCGGUGAACCUUCUCAGAAUGCUGGUUCAAAAUUGAAGCCUUCCAUAUUCUUUAUAUUGGUAGCGAUGAUUGUAGGGAUGAUUGGCUGGUAACAUGCAUGCUUCUUCUUCAUUUUAAUUUUUCAUUCGAAAUUUAGCGUCGCCAUUUUUACAUUCAUCUUUAUGACUGUACGACACGACGAUUACAUUUAACGUAUUAUGACAUAUUCGUUACUGAUUUUAUAUUUCAUUUCCAAUGUCUCCAUCAGAUAUGAACAACAAGAAACAUGACAUAUACGAUCCUUGAUUUAUUAUUUUAAAGGCAACCUCAAUAAUGGAUGAAAUGAUAAUUCACAGUCUUUACGAAAUUUUCGGCAUACAUGAUAUGCACUCACGGUCUUUUAGUAUGAUAUGAAAUGAACGGAUGCAUGGAAACGAUGAAAGAUACCCAACACACACUCAUUCAUGGUGUUACAUUUGAUCUUUAAACGAAAGGAAAGGGAAGGAAUGACAGUUAGGGGUAGGAUCACUUGAUGAGUCUGCUAAGGGAAGGAUAAUCUUUGAUUGUUGCUGAGCAAUCGGAUUAUGGGAAGGAAGAAUUGAGAGAAAGGACAAAGAUGGCUCGACGGGAUAACGAAAGAAAGGCGAUAGGGAGGAGAAAGAAGCAAAUCUCCAAUUCUUAUGUAUAUAUUUAACAGCUUUUAACUUUGAGUCCAGUUUGGACAUUGGUGGUACGAGCGAGCAUCGGAGGAAUGAAAGAAGGAAGUAAUCAGGAUGAAAGAUAAAUGGUUAAGGAUAAAGGAAUGGAGUGAUAAAAGAUAAUAAUAGUAAUAUAUAUAAACUUUUCUUUU